AUGGUGAUGGAGAUGUGGAAAGAUGUUGGCUGCGGCACUCUAACCGCUCAGGAAUAUGGAGACUACACUGUAGAUGAGACUAUUGACUACACGGUUGAUGAGACAUUGCAAGGACAACAACAACAGCAACAACAGCAACAAGUAAAAGGACAGCCAACAACAAUUGUUGUACUUAUUUUUGCCAAGAUCACGCUUAUUGCUAUUGUGUUAAAUACAAUCAUAAUAAAAUUAAGCCUUUUACUUGCAGCCAUCAACACAGCUCACAAUAACAGGGUUUGCAGUACCUGGGGAAACUUCCAUUUCAAGAACUUUGAUGGAGACAUAUUCUACUUCCCCGGUACCUGUAACUAUGUCUAUGCAUCUCAUUGCAAGAGCUCAUAUGAGGACUUCAACAUCCAAAUCCGUCGUACCGUCGUGGACAAUGCUCCAGUCAUCGACAGGAUCGCCAUGAAACUCGAUGGACUUGUGGUGCAGAUCAAUCACAACACUGUCUCUGUAAAUGGAAAAGAUGUCCUGCUGCCUUUCAGUGGAUCCGGCAUUCAAGUUGAGAAACAUGGUGCUUACCUCUCAGUGAUCUCCAAGCUUGGUCUGGUGUUCAUGUGGAAUGAUGAUGAUAGUCUACUGCUGGAACUUGAUGAAAAGUAUGCCAACCAGACCUGUGGGUUGUGCGGAGACUUCAAUGGCAUUUCCAUCCACAAUGAAUUCAUUUCCAAUGGAAUGCAAAUCACAGAAUCUCAGUUUGGAAACCUACAGAAAUUGGACGGACCUACAGAACAGUGCCAAGAUGUUCCUCCUACACCCAAGAGCAACUGCACUGAUUAUAACAUCUGCGAGUCCAUUCUUCUGGGAACAGAAUUCACAAAAUGCCAUUCACUGGUGGCUGUUCAGCCAUAUAUUGAAGCUUGUGUGCAAGACCUGUGCCGAUGUGAUAGUAAAACUACCGCUCUGUGUUUGUGUGACACAUUUGCUGAGUACUCAAGACAAUGUGCUCAUGCUGGAGGAGAACCUGAGAACUGGAGAACGAAAGAUCUGUGCCCCAAAACAUGUCCUUACAACAUGCAAUACCAGGAAUGUGGAUCUCCGUGUACAGACACUUGCACCAACCCUGAGAGAAGCAAUUUGUGUGAAAAUCACUGUUUGGAAGGCUGCUACUGCCCAUCAGGGACCGUAUUUGAUGACAUCAACAACUCUGGUUGUGUUCCCAUUGAAAAAUGCUCAUGUACUUUCAACAGUAACAGCUACUCUGUUGGAACAUCAUACAGUACUGCCUGCAGCACUUGUGUGUGCGCUGCAGGGAAAUGGAACUGCAAAGAAUUGCCUUGCCCUGCAACCUGUUCUAUUGAUGGAGGAUCCCACAUUACUACUUAUGAUCAGAGCCAUUACAAUAUACAUGGAGACUGUAACUAUGUCCUGACUAAGGACUGCAAUGAUAACUCUUUUAUAGUACUGACAGAGCUGCGUAAAUGUGGUCUGACCGAAAGUGAGACUUGUCUCAAGAGUGCUACCGUUAUCCUUAAUGGAGGAGAAACAAUAAUUGUGAUCAAGCCAUGCGGUAGUGUCUUCGUCAACAGCAUCUUUACUCAGCUGCCGGUAUCUGCAGCCAAUGUGACCAUCUUCAGACCCUCAUCAUUUUACAUUGUUGUUAACACAAACUUUGGAGUACAAGUGGUGGCUCAGCUGACGCCAUUUAUGCAGGUUUAUGUGGUGUUGGAUCCAUCUUACAAGGGAAAGACAUGCGGUCUCUGUGGAAACUUCAACGACAAACAGACAGAUGACUUGCAGACCAUCAGUGGUGUCAUUGAAGGCACAGCUGCAUCCUUCGCCAACACUUGGAAGACCCAAGCUGACUGUUCAAAUGUUAAGAAUGUCUAUGAAGAUCCUUGCUCACUUAGUGUUGAAAAUGAGAAAUAUGCCCAGCACUGGUGCGGUCUUAUAUCUGAUCCAUCUGGUCCUUUCGCUUCCUGCCAUGCUACAGUCAAUCCAGAAGUUUACCAACAAAACUGUAUGUUUGACACUUGUAACUGUGAGAAAAGUGAAGAAUGUAUGUGCGCCUCCCUGUCAUCCUAUGUCCGGGCCUGUGCUACCAAAGGAGUCAUAGUGACUGAAUGGAGAAGCACUGUCUGCUCUAAAUACAUGAACAGCUGCCCAAAGACACUGACCUACACCUACUCUACAAGCACCUGCCAGCCCACAUGCCGUUCCCUCAGUGAGCCUGAUGUUACCUGUAGUAUCAAGUUUACUCCCGUGGACGGUUGCACCUGCGCCAAAGAUUACUACAUGGAUGAUAGCGGCAAAUGUGUUCCUGCCGAAGCUUGCCCAUGCUACUUCAAGGGUUCUGCUGUGCCCACUGGAGAAGUCGUCCAUGACAAUGGGAUCAUGUGCACUUGCAGUCAAGGAAAACUCAGCUGUAUUGGAACAGUUAAACCAGCGUGCGCUGCUCCUAUGGUUUAUCUUGAUUGCAAGAAUGUUACAGUGGGGACCAAGGGCGCAGAAUGCCAGAAGAGCUGUCAGACUUUGGACAUGGCUUGUUACAGUGCAAAAUGCGUAUCUGGCUGUGUGUGUCCUGCAGGCCUUGUCUCAGAUGGCAAAGGUGGUUGCAUUAAGGAAGAUCAAUGCCCAUGUAUUCACAAUGAUGAAACAUAUCAACCUGGCGAGACCAUUAAAAUGAAAUGCAAUACCUGUACCUGCAAAAACCGUAUGUGGCAAUGUACAAAUGACCCCUGCCUGGGCACCUGUGCUGUAUAUGGUGAUGGACAUUAUAUAACCUUUGAUGGAAAGCGCUACAGCUUUAAUGGAGACUGUGAAUAUACACUUGUCCAGGAUUACUGUGGCAAAGGAGGAAACAGCAGCACUUUUAGAGUCAUCACUGAGAACAUCCCAUGUGGAACCACUGGAACCACUUGUUCCAAGAGCAUCAAAGUCUUCCUGGGGGGCUAUGAGAUUAUUCUUACUGAGGAGCACAUUGAAGUGCUAGAACGUGGCAUCGGAGGAGUUACUCCAUACAAAGUCAGGCAUAUGGGUAUUUACCUUGUCAUUGAAGCUGAUAAUGGCCUCAUCGUGAUGUGGGACAGAAAGACCAGCAUUUUCAUCAAGCUCAGUAAAGACUUUGAGGGUACAGUUUGCGGUCUAUGUGGUAACUAUGAUGGAAAUGGCAACAACGACUUCACAACAAGAAGUCUGUCUGUGGUUGGAGAUGCUAAUGAAUUCGGAAACAGCUGGAAAAUCUCACCAACAUGCCCCGAUGCCAAGGAACCCAAAGAUGCCUGCAGUGCCAACCCAUACAGGAAAUCCUGGGCACAGAAACAAUGUAGCAUCAUCAACAGUCAAGUCUUUUCUGCUUGCCAUGCUCAGGUGGACCCUUCCAAGUACUUUGAAGCUUGUGUCACAGAUGCUUGUGCGUGUGAUUCCGGUGGAGACUGUGAAUGUUUCUGUACAGCAGUGGCCGCCUAUGCUCAAGCAUGUGGUGAAACUGGAAUCUGUGUUUCCUGGAGAUCACCAAGCAUCUGCCCUCUUUUCUGUGACUAUUACAACCCGGAGGGAGAGUGUGAGUGGCACUACAAACCUUGUGGAGCUCCCUGCAUGAAGACUUGUAGGAACCCCAGUGGGAAAUGCAUGCAUGAGCUAUCUGGCUUGGAAGGAUGUUACCCUAGCUGUCCAGCAGCUAAACCAUUCUUCGAUGAGGAUGACAUGGAGUGUGUGGCCCAGUGUGGCUGCUAUGAUGAUGAAGGAAAGCAUUACAAAGUGGGACAAGUCGUACCUUCCACAGAGAACUGUAAGACCUGUGCCUGCAGUAUGUCAGGAGUGGAAUGCAAGUACGAGGUACAAGCAUGCUACUGUGAAUAUGAGGGUAAACGAUACGAUUACAAUGAAGUUAUCUACAACACUACUGAUGGUAUCGGAGCCUGCAUCAGUGCUAUCUGCAAGGAAAAUGGCACUAUUUAUAGACAUAUAGAGCCAUACUGUCUUGUUUCCACAACCACACCCUUUACCUUUACCUCAACACAUCACUCUACCACUACUAAAGAGACAACACCACCUUUGACUACAAUUUGUGUUAAAGAGGUCUGCCAUUGGUCACAGUGGUUUGAUGUCAGUUACCCUGAACCAGGAAUGCAAAAUGGAGAUUUUGACACCUUUGAUAAUAUAAAAUCUAAAGGAUAUUCCAUAUGUAAUCAUCCCCAAAAUAUUGAAUGCAGAGCUGAGAGGUUCCCUAACACACCGCUAGAAGAGCUUGAGCAAGUUGUACAGUGCAAUGCUUCAUUUGGGCUCAUUUGCCAGAACAAUCAGCAGCUUCCACCCAUCUGCUACAAUUACGAAAUCAGAGUUGAGUGUUGUAGCUUUGAAAAGUGCGACACUCCAACUCCAAGUCCAGUACCUACAACUACAAAGGAAACACCAACAACAACACAUCAAACAACCACAAAAGAGAUAACACAUUCUACAACAACACCAGCUACAACUACAGUGACAACAACUUCAUCUCCAACUACUCCUGCUAGUACAACUAUAUCUAACACUCCAACUCCAACAGUAUGCCAACCCAAAUGUACAUGGACAAAUUGGAUUGAUGUCCAUAUGCCAGGAGUUGGCAAAGAUGAAGGAGAUUUUGAGACAUAUGACAACAUCAUAGCAGCAGGGAACAAAAUUUGCAAAAAGCCUGAUGGUAUACAAUGCAGAGCAGAGAAAUUCCCCGAAGAACCAAUUGGACGAAUUGGGCAAGUAGUCCAGUGCAACCUUACUAUUGGUCUUGUUUGCAAAAAUGAAGAUCAGGAAGGAGAUUUUAGGGUGUGCCUUAACUACCAAAUAAAAGUUCUCUGUUGUGAUGACUACAGUCACUGUGAACAGUCAACAACACCAGGAUCAACUAUUACAUUAUCAACUACAACUACUGCUACAACACCAGAGACAACCACAACUCCAACAACCACUUCUAGCACCACAACAACAAUUGCUAGCACUACUCCUGAAACCACAACCGCUUCAACUACAGUUUCAACAACAACUGAAACAACCAAAACACCAGAGACAACUAUAUCUACUACCACAACUACACCUGAGACCACAACCUCUUCAACUACAAUAACAACAACACCUGAGACAACAACACCUGAAAAAACUACAGAGACAACAACUAGCACAACUACUACUGAGACCACCACUCCAACUCCAGUUUCAACAACAACUAAACCAACCACAACACCAGAGACAACUAUAUCUACUACAACAACUACUACCACAACUACACCUGAGACCACAACCCCUUCAACUACAAUAACAACAACACCUGAAACAACUACAGAGACAACAACUAGCACAACUACUACUGAGACCACCACUCCAACUCCAGUUUCAACAACAACUGAAACAAGCACAACACCAGAGACAACUACUACCACAACUACACCUGAGACCACAACCCCUUCAACUACACUACCAACAACAUCUGAGACAACAACACCUGAAACAACUACAGAGACAACAACUAGUGCAACUACUACUGAGACCACCACUCCAACUCCAGUUUCAACAACAACUGAAACUACCACAACAUCAGAGACAACUACAUCUUUAAUAACAACCACUAGUACAACUACUCCUGAAACUACAACUUCAACUACAAUUUCUACAACAACUCCAAGGACAUCCACAACCCCAGAAACAACUACCACUACAACAACUACAACCGAAACGCCUGAGACAACCACAACCCCAGAAACUACACCUUCAACAACAACCACAACUACUACUGAAAGCACGCCUACCUCAACUACAGUUACAACAACCCCUGAGACAACCACUACACCCGAAACAACUACAACUAGCACAACUGAAACACCUGACACAACCACAAGUCCAAGAAUAAUAACUAGAACAUUUACUACAACAAAACCAACUUCAUCUAAACAAGAGAUUGACACAACUACUCCAGGUUGUCAACCACAAUGUAAGUGGACAGGCUGGAUUGAUGUUGACCUUCCUACACCUGGCAUUGAUGGAGGUGAUAAAGAAACUUUUGAAAACAUACUGUCUAAAGGUCACCAUAUCUGUAGAAAUCCACAAAAUAUAGAAUGUAGAGCUGAAGAUUACCCUGGCAUCAGCAUUGGCAGUAUUGGGCAGAAGGUUCAAUGUGACAUCACUGUAGGGUUAGUGUGCAACAACAAAGAUCAAGAAAAUCAACAGUUAUGUUAUAAUUACCAGAUAAAAGUCUUAUGUUGUGAUGACUUCAGCCAUUGCAGCACCACUCCUGCACAAACAACCACUACCACUGUUCCUACUACAACCACUACUUCAACAACUGAAAAACCAACUACUCCAGCACCUACAACUACAGCAGAAACCACAACUGCAACCACCACUACAACAACAGAAUUAACAACAACUGAAACUCCAAUACCUACUACAACCACUACUACUACAACAACAACUGAAGCACCAAGUACUCCAGUGCCAACAACGACAACAGAAACGACAACUGCAACCACUACUACAACAACAACAGAAUCAACUACAACUGAAACUCCAAAACCUACAACAACCACAACAACAACAGAAUCAACCACAACUGAAACUCCAAAACCUACAACAACAACCACUACAACAGUAACAACUGAAGCACCAACUACUACUCCAGCACCUACAACAACAGAAACUACAAUUACAACCACUGCAAGCACAACAACAGAAACAACCAAACCUACAACAGAAAUUGUUACAACUACAUCUACAAGCACACCAACAGGCUGCCAACCACAGUGCAAGUGGACAGACUGGAUUGAUGUUGAUACUCCUACUUCUGGAAUUGAUGGAGGAGAUAAAGAAACCCUUGAAAACAUAAUUGCUAAAAACAAAAAUGUCUGUAAGAGUCCACAAAAUAUUGAAUGCAGAGCUGAAGAUUUCCCAGAUAUCAGUAUCGAUAAUGUCGGUCAAAUAGUUAAGUGUGAUAUAACUGUUGGUUUGGUGUGUAAUAACAAAGAUCAACCUGGAAAAGUGAAACAAUGUUAUAAUUACCAGGUAAAGGUCUUAUGUUGUGAUGACUACAGCCACUGUAGCACCACUGCUCCACAAACAACAACUACGACUGUUCCUACUACAACCACUACUACAACAACAGAAACACCGACUACUCCAGUGCCAACAACUACAACAGAAACUACAACUGCAAUCACUACAACAACAGAAUCAACUACAACUGAAACUCCAAAACCUACAACAACCACUACAACAACUGAAGCACCAACUACUACUCCAGUGCCAACAACUACAACAGAAACCACAACUGCAACCACUACAACAACAACAACAGAAUCAACUACAACUGAAACUCCAAAACCUACAACAACCACUACAACAACAGAAUCAACCACAACUGAAACUCCAAAACCUACAACAACAACCACUACAACAGCAACAACUGAAGCACCAACUUCUACUCCAGCACCUACAACAACAGAAACUACAACUACAACCACUGCAAGCACAACAACAGAAACAACCAAACCUACAACAGAAAUUGUUACAACUACAUCUACAAGCACACCAACAGGCUGCCAACCACAGUGCAAGUGGACAGACUGGAUUGAUGUUGAUACUCCUACUUCUGGAAUUGAUGGAGGAGAUAAAGAAACCCUUGAAAACAUAAUUGCUAAAAACAAAAAUGUCUGUAAGAGUCCACAAAAUAUUGAUUGCAGAGCUGAAGAUUUCCCAGAUAUCAGUAUUGAUAAUGUCGGUCAAAUAGUUAAGUGUGAUAUAACUGUUGGUUUAGUGUGUAAUAACAAAGAUCAACCUGGAAAAGUAAAACAAUGUUAUAAUUACCAGGUAAAGGUCUUAUGUUGUGAUGACUACAGCCACUGUAGCACCACUGCUCCACAAACAACAACGACCACUGUUCCUACUACAACCACUACUACAACAACAGAAACACCGACUACUCCAGUACCAACAACUACAACAGAAACCACAACUGCAACCACUACAACAACAACAGAAUCAACUACAACUGAAACUUCAAAACCUACAACAACCACUACAACAACAACUGAAGCACCAACUACUACUCCAGUGCCAACAACUACAACAGAAACCACAACUGCAACCACUACAACAACAACAGAAUCAACUACAACUGAAACUCCAAAACCUACAACAACCACUACAACAACAACUGAAGCACCAACUACUACUCCAGUGCCAACAACUACAACAGAAACCACAACUGCAACCACUACAACAACAACAGAAUCAACUACAACUGAAACUCCAAAACCUACAACAACCACUACAACAACAACUGAAGCACCAACUACUACUCCAGUGCCAAAAACUACAACAGAAACCACAACUGCAACCACUACAACAACAACAGAAUCAACUACAACUGAAACUCCAAAACCUACAACAACCACUACAACAACAACUGAAGCACCAACUACUACUCCAGUGCCAACAACUACAACAGAAACCACAACUGCAACCACUACAACAACAACAGAAUCAACUACAACUGAAACUCCAAAACCUACAACAACCACUACAACAACAACUGAAGCACCAACUACUACUCCAGCACCAACAACAACAGAAACUACAACUACAACCACUGCAAGCACAACAACAGAAACAACCAAACCUACAACAGAAAUUGUUACAACUACAUCUACAAGCACACCAACAGGCUGCCAACCACAGUGUAAGUGGACAGACUGGAUUGAUGUUGAUGCUCCAACUUCUGGAAUUGAUGGAGGAGAUAAAGAAACCCUUGAAAACAUAAUUGCUAAAAACAAAAAUGUCUGUAAGAGUCCACAAAAUAUUGAAUGCAGAGCUGAAGAUUUCCCAGAUAUCAGUAUCGAUAAUGUCGGUCAAAUAGUUAAGUGUGAUAUAACUGUUGGUUUGGUGUGUAAUAACAAAGAUCAACCUGGAAAAGUGAAACAAUGUUAUAAUUACCAGGUAAAGGUCUUAUGUUGUGAUGACUACAGCCACUGUAGCACCACUGCUCCACAAACAACAACUACCACUGUUCCUACUACAACCACUACUACAACAACAGAAACACCAGCUACAGCCAAAGUUAUAACAACUACUCCAGUGCCAACAACUACAUCACAAACCACAACUUCAACCACUACUACACCAACAACAACAGAAUCAACUACCACUACUACAACUGAAACACCAACUACUACCACAGUUAUUACAACUACAGAGCCAACAACAACAGAAACCACAACUACAACCACUACAACAACAACAGAAUCAACAACAACUGAGACUCCAAAACCUACAACAACCACAACUGAGAUUACACAGACUACAAAAUGCUUCUGCCACGUUGAUAACAAAUACUUCUCACCAGGUGAAAUAAUCUAUAACAAAACAGAUGCAGCAGGCUGCUCAUUCUAUGCAGUCUGUAAUGACUUCUGUGAAGCUGAAAGAUACACUGGACCUUGUAGAACUACAACAACCCCAUCAACAACCACCACAACCACAGAAUCUACAACAACUACAACAGCUCCCUCAACAACCACACCCGAAAAAACAACUACCACCACCACAACAACUACAAUUGUUACAACUACUGAAGUAGAAGGGUGCCCACCUAGACAGACUAAUGAAACAUGGCAGUUUAAUAACUGUACAGUGGCCACAUGCCAUGGCAAUAAUGUUAUUACCAUUGAACCUGUGAGUUGCCCUAAAGCAGUGCCUCUGACCUGUGCUAAUGGAUUCCCAUCUGUGAAGAAGACAACUGCAGAUGGAUGCUGUGAAUAUUACGAAUGUGAAUGUGUGUGCAGUGGAUGGGGUGAUCCUCAUUACAUCACCUUUGAUGGAGUCUAUUACACGUUCCUGGACAAUUGUACAUAUGUUUUAGUGAAGCAGAUUACUCCCAAAUAUGACAACUUCCGUGUCCUUGUUGAUAACUACUUCUGCGAUGCUGAAGAUGGUUUGUCCUGUCCACAAUCUAUCCUGAUUUAUUAUAAAUCUGUUGAAAUUGUGUUGACACGUAUGCUGUUUCAAGGAAGAAUGAGGAACAGGAUUCGGUUCAACAAUGACUGGGUAACACCAGGAUUCACCAAGGAUGGCAUUACAGUAACCAGUGCUGGCAUUAACAUGAAUGUGGAGAUCCCAGAAAUCGGGGCAUUCAUCUCUUUCAGUGGAUUGAUCUUUGUUGUUAAACUUCCAUUCAGUAAAUUUGGUUACAACACCGAAGGACAGUGCGGUUACUGCUCAAACAACAGUACAGAAGACUGCAGAAUGCCAAAUGGUAGAACUGUGAAGGAUUGUUCCCAAAUGGCUAACCACUGGAAGGUUAAUGUAACAGACAAACCAUACUGUAAUGGGCCAACACCACCUUCUAAGCCUACACCAGAGCCUCCUGUUUGCAAAACAUCUUCUCUGACUCUGUGUGAUGUCAUCUUAAGCGAGGUCUUUGCUGAGUGUCACAAAGUCAUUCCUCCAAAGUCCUACCAUGAAGGUUGUGUCUAUGAUGCCUGUCGCAUCGGCAAUGACUCCUCGGUACAAUGUUCCAGCUUGGAAAUUUAUGCCUCAUUGUGUGCUUCCAAUGGAAUCUGCGUGGACUGGAGAGACAAGACUAAAGGAAAAUGUCCAUACAAUUGCCCUGCUGGAAAGGUAUACAACGCCUGUGGACCAAUGCAUGCUAAGACCUGCGAUAGCAAAGAAGUUAAGGACCUCAGCAGUGGCAAUACUGAAGGCUGCUACUGUCCUGAAGGAACGACACUGUUUAACUCUUACACUGAUGUCUGCGUAAAGAGCUGUUCUUGCGUCGGCCCUGAAGGAAUGCCAAAAAGCCCUGGAGAUACCUGGACAAGCAACUGCAAACAAUGCGUUUGUGAAAAGAACUCUCUUACGGUACAGUGUCAGCCACUGACAUGUCCUCCACCAGCUAAAAUAUCAUGCGACAAAGAAGGAUUUAUUCCCAUGGAGCUUCCAGAUCCCCAGCAGCCAUGCUGCCUGAUAAAUGAGUGUCGCUGUAACAACACCCUCUGCCAAGAAAGGGAGAAGAAGUGUCCUAUAGGAUUUGAAGUUGUCCCUGCACUUAUAGCCGGUGAUUGUUGUCCAUCAUAUGACUGCAAACCAAUGGAAGUCUGUGUAUUCCAUGAUGCCCUGUACAAGCCUGGAACUGAAAUCCCACGAAUUGAUAACUCAUGUACGGACUGUGUGUGCUCAGACCAGAGGAAUGAUGAGUCCUCACUAUUCGAAGUCUCAUGUAAACCCAUAAAAUGCAAUACACAAUGCGAAGCGGGAACUGAAUAUGUACUUUCUGCAAAGGAAUGCUGUGGAACAUGUAAACCUAACGCAUGCACAAUUAAGCUAAGUGACAACUCUACAAGGAUUGUGAAGCCUGAUGAAACAUGGAGCCCAUCUGAUCAGCCUUGUGUCACGUAUGAGUGCCACGUCAUUGAGGAUCAAUAUGUGCAUGUGGAAGUCAGAAGAACUUGCUCCAUUGAAGAAUGUGAAAUUGGUUAUACAUACAAGAUUGAACCAAACCAAUGUUGUGGAACAUGUGUGAAGGACGCCUGUGUGGUCCACCUGAGUGACAAUACAACAAGAAUUAUGAAGCCUGAAGAACAGUUUGUUCCACCAGAAGAAAAGUGCACCACCUAUACCUGUUCAAGCACCUAUGACGUUGUCACAACAAAGAAGACAUGCCCACCUUUCGAUCGUUUGAACUGUCUAGAGGGUACUAUCAAAUCCGAUGGCUGCUGUGAGACUUGCGAAAAUGCUCUGAAAGGAUGUGGUGUUCAGAAACAGUCCCAGCGAAUCAAGACCAGCACUUGCGAGUCCGACCAAGUGGUGGAGCUGUCCUAUUGUGCAGGAGCCUGUAUGACAUCAUCCAAGUACUCUGCUGAGGCAAACACGAUGGAGCACGAGUGCAGCUGUUGUCAGGAAGUAAAGACCAGCAAACGGGAAGUCAACUUGAAAUGUCUGGAUGGAACCAGCUCUGUCUUUACCUACAUGUAUACAGAGCAGUGUGGCUGUACUCAUACUGAAUGUCAGAGUGAUACCCAGACUUCCAGCUCCCAGCAACAUCAAGAGGUCCAGACUGAACAGCAAACCAACCAAGACCAGCAGAUUCAGCAAACCAGCUAAACAACAGUAUCAAUCCAAUCAGGACUUUAAUAUGAACUCUGACUAAAUGUUUUAUGAAACAUCCAAUACUCUGGAAACACAUACUCUACCAAUGGGCUAUCAUGACUUUGCUUUGCUUAUUUACUGCCAAUAACUCCUCAGCGAAGCCUCUAACCUCUUAUUUUAUGGGACUUCUAUAUAUUACUGGGCUUUUGUCGAAUAAGCUAUUUCUUGCGCUUCAAAUGUUUAACCCUUGCCGUUUUGCACAAUAAUAGUGUAUAGUCAAUCAUGUUUUCACUCCUUGAUACUCAAACAAUAAUGGCAGGUACCCCCAUAUAUUGAUUACUCCCUCAAAAACAUACCAAUAGAAGGUUCAACCUCAGGUCCAUAUAAGCAUUUCAUUAUAUGAAGGCAAAUGCAUUGCUGCUCUAUGUCGUCCUGUUUACAAAACAACAGAAUUAGCCUAUAGGGAAAUAUGAAGGACUUUGUUACUUUUUUUUUAAUUUAAUGUUUUGAUGCAAGGAUGUUAGUUAGGUACUUGUUUUUUUCUGAAGCUAAGAUCUCUUACCUAUUUAUUUGUCUGGUUGGAGAUUUCUGAUGUGCAUCUAUUUUCUUUGUUCUGUUCUGUUGGAACUAGAGUUAUUAUAUUUCCAGAGUAUGAAAUCUGAUUUCAAUAAAAAAAAAAUCUUUUAAGCAUUUUAAAAAGUUGUUUGCUUGUUUUAUAUCCCUUUUAAG